AUGCAAUCGCAGCCGCAGCUGCAGCCGCAGCCGGAGCAGAAGCAGCCUGAGCAGCACCAGCACCAGCACCAGCACCAGGAGCCGCAGCAGGAGUAUGUCCAGGGAGGCAACAUCCAAACCCAAGAAUGGCAGUCCGGCCUCAUGAACUGCGGGCCGUGCGACACCUGCGUCGUGGGAACGUGUCUCCCCUGCCUACUCGUCGGCAAGACCUCUGAGCGCCUGCGCGACCCGACGAUGCAGACGUACGAGGCCAUCAACACCGACUGCCUCCUCAUGUUCGGCAUCAGCUGUCUCACCGGCUGCGGCUGGGUCUACGCCAUGAUGAAGCGCACCGAGAUCCGCGAGCGCUUCGGCAUCAAGGGCUCCGGCGCCUCGGACUGCUGCGUCGCCUACUGGUGCGCCUGCUGCGCCAUCAUCCAGCAGGACAAGGAAGUCCAGGCGCGCAUGUCGACGGGCCCCAUCAGCCAGGGCUACCAGCCGCAGAAGGAGGGCAUGACCAUGCCCGCUCCGCACAACUGA